GCAUGACGUGGGGGUAUCACUGAGGUUGUGGCGCCACUGUGUAUAUCUGCGUGCAACCCGGCCGGAAGUCGCUGCCGCCAAUUUCAAACCAUCUUUGAAAUUUCGCCUUAAGUUCAAAGUUGGGGUUGAAACGUGCCCCCAACAGCACAAAGUAACUCAGCGAGACGCAAUUUUCGAGACUUCAAGGGCGCCUUUUCUAAAGGAGUGAGGCGGCCCGCGGCCUGCCCCAGCAGCCAGCCAUGUCCGACGAGCUGCCCGGCCCCGUCGCGCCGCCGGAGCGCCCCUUCGCGGCCGACCGGCCCAAGGACAACCGCGCCAAGAAGGCCAAGUGCAAGCGCUGCAAGGAGACGACGGAGCCCAACAAGCUGCGCAUCGGGCGCUACGUGGCCAACGCCUUCAACGCGUCCGGCGGCUGGACCAAGGCGUGGUUCCACCCGGCCUGCAUGUGGGAGGCCUUCGCCAAGCAGCGCGCCACCACCAGGAAGAUCGAGAACCCCGCCGAGGACAUCGACGGCUGGGAGGACCUGCUGCAGGAGGACAUGGACGAGAUCGUGGCGUACCUGCGCAGCACGGGCGUCAAGGUGGCGUCGCCCAAGGCGACGCGGCAGCCCGGCGACGCGGCCACCCCCAAGCAGAAGGCCAAGAGGAAGGGCAAGGCGGAGGCCAAGGCGGAGCCCUCGCCGCCCGCCGCGCCGCCAUCGCCGCCCCGGCCGCCGCCGCCCAGCAAGGACGACUACUUCAGGGCCUUCCGCAAGCUGUGCGUGCAGCUGAGCGACGAGCCCAGCUACCUGGCCAAGACGGCGCUCGUCGCCAAGCUGUUCAAGGAGGGCACCGACGGCGGCGGCUUCCGAGGGAACCUGGACACGUGGGUGCGCCUGCUGCUGCCCAUGGUGCAGCCGCGCGUCUACAACCUGCAGAGCAAGCAGCUGGUGAAGCUGUUCAGCAAGAUCCUCCAAACCAGCGAGGAGGCCAUGCUGGAGGACCUGAAGCACGGCGACGUGGCCCACACCAUUAGCUCGGCCUUCGAGGAAUCCAAGGCCGUCAAGGCCGUGUCCAAGAGCAACAUCUUGAUCGCCGAGGUGGACGAGUUCCUGGAAAAGCUGUCCGGCAUGACCAGGGAGGAGGAGCAGGGCCACCACUUCAAGCAGCUCACGCAAAAGUGCACGCCCAACGACCUCAAGAUGGUGAUCCGCCUCAUCAAGCACGACCUACGCAUCAACGCCGGCCCCAAGCACAUCCUCGCCGCCGUGCACCCCGACGCCUACGCCGCCUACCAGACAUGCAGGGACCUCCGCGCCGUGGUCCAGAAGGCCGCCAGCGACGCCGGCCCGGGGGCUGCCGGUUCUUCCAGUGGCGCGAGCCUCGAUGCCGGCGGCAGCAGCAGUGGCGCCAACCUCAGCAUCGCCAUCAACAUCAUGACACCCGUGCUGCCCAUGCUGGCCGAGGCGUGCAAGUCGGUGGAGCAGGCGAUGAAGAAGUGCCCCAACGGCAUGUACUCCGAGAUCAAGUACGACGGCGAGCGCGUGCAGGUGCACAAGAAGGGCGACGAGUUCAAGUACUUCUCGCGCGCGCUCAAGCCCGUCAUGGCCCACAAGGUGAACCACUUCAAGGAGUUCAUCCCGGACGCGUUCCCCAGCGGCGAGGACCUGAUCCUGGACAGCGAGAUCCUCCUGGUGGACAACAGGACGGGGAAGCCGCUGCCCUUCGGGUCCUUGGGCGUGCACAAGCAAACGGGUUACCAGGACGCCAACGUGUGUCUGUUCGUGUUCGAUUGCAUGUACUACAACGGGGAGUCCCUUUUGCACAUGAGCAUGAAGCGGAGACGAAAGAUCCUGGAGAAGGUGAUGGUGGAGAUUCCGAACCGCGUCGUCCUCUCGGAGCAGGAGGAGAUCCACGUCCCCGCCGACCUGACCGCCAUGAUGGAGAAGGUGUUCCGCCUCGGCCUCGAGGGGCUGGUGCUCAAGAACCUGGAGGGGCCCUACGAGCCCGGCAAGCGGCACUGGCUCAAGGUGAAGAAGGACUAUCUGUUCGGCGGCGCCAUGGCGGACACGGCUGACCUCGUCGUCCUGGGCGCGUUCUACGGCACCGGCCAGAAGGGCGGCAUGAAGUCCAUCUUCCUGAUGGGGUGCUACGACCCGAGUUACAAGCGGUGGGUGACCGUCACCAAGGUGCACGGCGGCCACGACGACGCCACCCUGGCCAGGCUGCAGACCGAGCUCAAGAUGGUGGAGAUCAACAAGGACCCCGGCAAGAUCCCUUCCUGGCUCAAGGCCAACAAGCCCAUGUUCCCCGACUUCGUGACCGUGGACCCCAAGGAGAGCCAGGUGUGGGAGAUCACGGGCGCCGAGUUCACGCAGACGGAGGUGCACACGGCGGACGGCAUCUCGGUGCGCUUCCCGCGGGUGACGCGCAUCCGCGACGACAAGGGCUGGGAGCAGGCCACCUCGCUGCCGGAGCUCAGGGAGCUGUACAAGAAGUCCAAGGAGACGUCCACGUUCUCGCUGUCCGCGGCGGCCAGCUCGGCGGCGUCCUCGCCGACUAAGACGGACUCGCCCACGCGUCGCGGCAAGAGAGGCGCGGACGCUGCAGGCUCGCCGAGGGGGUCGCCCGCCAAGCGCGGGGCGGCCGCGGCCUCGACGGACGACUCCGACUCCCACAAACGAGCCAGAGCUAAAACGGGCCCGGCCAAGCCGCUGCCUGACGUGUUCCUGGGCGUGCAGCUCCGGAUGCCGCGCGGACUCACCGAAGAGGAGGUGUACCACUUCAAGCGCUACUUCGUCGGGUACGGAGGCAAACUGCUGGACCGCCGCUCCAAGGAGACGCCCACCCACGUGCUGCAGUGCCCGGACGCCGACGGCGCCUCCGAGAACACUCCUCGGAACGGGGACGCCGUGGUCGUGGACGUCAAGUGGCUUUGGGACUCCGUGAAGAGACAGCGGCUCCUGGCCACGGAAGGCUACACACUGUAGACGCGUGUGUUUUGCUUUUUCUCGUGAGCUAGCCCGUUUUUAUUUGCUGUGUUCCGCCUUACAAAAAAAUACUGUGCAACCCGUUUGUCUAUUGACACAAUAAUGUGUGUGUACCUGACCAAACGGAGGCCGUAAGACGGUCUCUCAAUUCACCCUAAUUAUUAGUAAUACAUUCCUAACUCUUUGUGAUAUGUAACGUUUGCUUCCCCCAUGGACGCAUGCGGAGUCAAGACUGCUCCACUCUAAGAGUGCCCUCUGCGUAGGAGACAAAUUUUAGUCAUGGGUGAUGAAAGGUAUAUGAUUUGGUUCGUUGUAAACUAACAACGUAAUUAACUUAUUUUUUUUAAUAAAUCACUUUAAACCGGAAA